AUGAUGAUGACGUGCCGUCUGCUGUGCGCCCUGUUGGUGCUUGCCCUGUGCUGCUGCCCCUCCGUUUGCGUGACAGCAACUGGUGGAGACAUUUCCGCCGGCUCGGGCUUGUCGCCCCCUCAGCCAAAAGUACAAGAUAACCCCGAUGAGGGAAAGAAUCGAAAUAAGGAUGCUGUUACGUUACCGUCAAGAAAUGAGGCGUCCGGUACGGGACCGGGUCAAAAAGAAAACACCGGUCCGUUAAAUGGACCAGAUACACCCAAUGCUGGAGGUGAUGGAAACAAAGCAGAUACGGCAAUAAAACCAAGUACUACGAAAACCACAACCACGACAAAUGCACCAACUACAACUACGACAACGACCACAAAAGCACCCAAUACAACUACGAGCACGACAACUACAACCACUACGACGACCACCCGCGCACCGUCACGUCUCCGCGAAAUGGACGGCAGCCUCAGCAGCUCUGCGUGGGUGUGUGCCCCAUUGCUGCUCGCCGUAUCCGCGCUGGUGUGCACCGCUGUGGGCUAA